AGUAAUGGUCACACUCACACCUCUCUUUCCACUCUCUUUCCUGUUUUCUUAUAAAUCAAACACACAAACACACACUUGAAUUACAACUUUCUCUUGAUUUCUCAACAAUUCAGUACACCUGCUUCACCAUCUCCAUCAACAUGCCUGAAAGCGUAAAAGUGGUUAUGAAACUGAAUAUCCAUGACAAUGAAUGCAAAAGGAAGAUUUUAAAGGCGGUUUCCGGUCUUUUAGGGAUCGACUCCUUGGCUUUUGAAAUGAAAGACAACACACUAACUAUCGUAGGAGACGUUGAUGCGGUGAAAAUCACUAAUAAACUUAAGAAAUGGAACGCUUUUAUACACACCCUUGGACCCGCGAAAGAACCUGAAAAGAAGGAACCAGAAAAGAAAGGUGGUGAAGAUGAAGAGGCAAAGAAGAAGAAGCAGGAAGAAGAAGAAGCCAUUAAAAGAUUGAUUGAAGCUUAUUGUUGUUCUAGGGGAGACCAUUCAUACCCAACACAACGAUUAUGUAUUCAUGCUGUGGAAGAAGCUCCUACUGGUUGUGUUAUAUGCUGAAUGUAAAAGAAAAGAUGCAUCUAUUUGGUACAUGUAUAUGGGGUUGACUUUUGGUUGGUGAUUAUAGUGUGCUUUAUAAUAUAAAGGGUUGGAUAAUAUAAUACAUUUUGGAACUUCAUGUUGAUUA